UUGUGGCCAGUCAGCUGACACACUCACAGCUGUGAGGGAGUCCCGCUGCCCUCCCCCGCGGUGCCGCUCUGCUUCCUGCUGCGUAUUUACUUACAAAUCACGACCGUCGGGUUUUCUGUCCACAGUUCUAUCGGGAUUCUACACUCGCCACAAGGCCAAAUACGGCCUCAAGUUUUGUUAAUAUCAGUGAGGUGAAGGAACAACGGUGGGCGUGUGGUGGUUGGUAGGAGGUGGUGGUGUCCGAUUAUGGGCGGCGGGGCGGGCUGAGGCUGAGGCCAAGAUGUGGAGCCUGCGAGCUGUGAUAGAGAGCGCCGUGCACCACGGCAGGCGAGUACUUGAAGCUCAACGGCGACAAAUAAAUCAGGUGCAGCAGUCCCAACAGUCGGCCCGACCCCCCGACGCUCGCCACAAGCUGAGCAAGUGGCAGAGUGAAGGGGGUCCCGGGGUGAGCAGGAGCGCUGCAGAAUGUGCUGGUGAAGGUCAGGCAUGUGCUGGUGUAAGCACUGGCUUGUCUGUACCAGCAAAUGGCUUGGUUAGUCGCUGGGUUCAGGGCUUGGUUCGCAAAGUCUCUGCACCUCUCUGGGCUGAAGCUAAACGAUCCACGACCAAACGACUUGUGUUUGGGGAAAGUGCCCCCUAUUUUGCACUGGUGGGAGUAACACUAGUGUCAGGGUCACAACUGGGGUUAGUUACCAAGGAAGAUGAAUUGGAAGCCCUCUGCUGUAAUAUUAGAGAAGCCAUCUCUCGAGCAGGAUGGCUACACAAUCCUGAAUACUGGCAACAUCAGAAAGAUUUGAAAGAAGGGAAGGAUGAAUCAUUUGAAGAGUUUGAAGCUGAGCAUGUCUUUUCCUUGACUGACUUUGUGCUAGGACCAGUCAUUGAUAAGGGCUGCAGUGCUGUAGUAUACGCUGCCAAAUGGAAUGCAGAUGAGCCCGAAGUUAAGGACUUCGCUUCUCAACCUCUGAAGCGACAAAGGUCAGAGUCUCCAAUAAGGCCACUCGAACAGCACGAGGUGGUAAUGCAAGAUGAACAAAUGGCAUCAUUCUUUGUUCCUGUCACUGAAGAAGUAGAAUCUUUCAGUGGUUCGGAUGAAAGUCGAAUGAAUCUGGAUCGUGAAUUUUCUUUAACUGACUUGCGUCAAAUUGAUAUAGAUGAGUUGAGUGUAGAAUUGGAAGCAGAAAGUUUGGCCUGCAAUACUCAGAAGCCACAGGAUCACACUAAACGUGUCAAGUUCAAGACAGAAGAGAAGUCGAGCAGCAACAUGAAGAGGACAUUGACCAUGGAAUCUGUUCAAGGGGCUGUGGCCAGUCCAACAACUACACAUCAUGAAUCGGCAGUGGUCAAAGAAAAGACUAAUAUACAAGAAUACCCCUUAGCAGUGAAGAUGAUGUUUAACUAUGAAGCUGAGUCCAAUGCUCCUGCUAUUCUUAGAGCUAUGUAUAAAGAAAUGAUUCCAGCAAGAAGUUUACAAUUGGAUGAAGAACAAAUUGAGUGGCAGGAAAGGUUUUGCAGUAAACACAUGAAUCUACCACCCCAUCCAAAUAUUGUGGAGAUGCCCUGUGUAUUUGUUGAUCGCAUACCCUUCCUAGAAGACUCAAUGCACCUGUAUCCAGAUGCACUUCCAGCACGAAUUAACCCACGAGGAUAUGGCAGGAACAUGAGUUUAUUUUGCGUUAUGAAAAGGUAUGAUAUGAGUUUGCGUGAAUACUUGACUAGGCACACUCCUCCUGAUCAUACAUCGCUUCUACUGCUGACGCAGCUGUUAGAGGCUGUACUUCAUAUCAAUAACCAUAAUGUGGCUCACAGAGAUCUCAAAUCAGACAACAUUCUUCUCUCACUGGCUGAAGGAGAGCAAUACCCAUUGCUAGUUUUGACUGAUUUUGGUUGUAGUGUUACUACUGAUUCAUCCAACAUGACUGUACCUUUUCCUUCUCGUGAAUCAGACCCGAGGCAAGGCAAUGCUGCAUUAAUGGCUCCCGAGGUUAAGACUGCUACACCUGGCCUCUUGCGAUCUGUGAACUUCACUCACUCAGAUCUAUGGGCAGUUGGAGCUCUGGCGUAUGAAAUUUAUGGACUUGAAAAUCCAUUUUGUGGUUCUCAGCAGAAUACAUUAGGAAACAGACCCAAAUAUUUGGACUCUGCUACCUACAAAGAGUCUCAGUUGCCUCGUUUACCAAAGUGUGUUCCGUCUUCUGUGAAACACUUGAUUCAUGACCUUUUACGCCGUAACCCAAGAAAUCGACCCAGUGUAAACAUUGCAGCAACAUUAUGCCAGUUGAUACUCUGGGCUCCAAGCAAAUGGUUGAGUCGACGUGCACUUACGCUGCCCACGCACACUGAGAUCAUGCAGUGGCUAUUGUGUCUUACCACCAAAGUGCUAUGUGAAGCUCGGCUCUCACGAACACACAGCACAGAUGGAAAAAAGAAUGUUGGACAGAGAAGAAGAAUGGAGGAGAUGAGAGGAGGAGCAUCAGAUCGCCAAGGUGGACAGUUGGAAUAUGAAUUGGUAUCAACAUUUUUAGCUAGGGUUCAUUAUAUGGAUAUUAUUCAGGCUAUCAAAUGGAAUCGGGCUUUUUAAGUAUUGUUUCCAUAGCCUAAAUAUGGUUGUAAUUUAUACCAUCAAAGGCGCUCUAUACAAAUAAUUUGCUUCAUAGGAAAUCCUAACAUGUUGGUUGAUCAGAGGGUGCCAUUGUUAUGGGAGAGUUGGUGUAUUGUGGAUAGAAUUUUAAAAUGUCAAUGAUUUUUAUUAGUUCUUAAAAUCUGUAAGUUGUAGUAAAGCACAAAUUUUAAGAAUCCUGUAAAGUCUAUAUAUCUAAUAAAUAAUGCCUUGGAAACAUGAAAUUGUUUCUGAACUAAGCACCAGCUGGAAAAGAGAAUGAUAGUUUUAAGGUUUAUUCAAUAUUGUCAGUGCAAUUAGUAUAUAAAAUAAUAAAAUACUCUAUACUUGAAUUAAACAAAUAAUUAUUCAACAUAAGUAAAAAUUAAGGUUACCUACAAAUUGGAAACAAAAAACUUAACAUGUAGUUUAUACCAUAAUAUGACAGGUUUUGUAAUGCAUUUUGUUGUGCUUUAUCACUUAUAAUAACUUAGUCUUUAGUUAAUAUGUAGUCAUUUUAAGUAACGGAAUGAGAGAAAUUAACAUGAUUAAACUCCUGAAAAUUUUCUUGUGGGUGUGAUGAUUUGAGCUGUAACGACAGGCUGAAAAAUAUUGUCUUCAAGGGGUAACAUUUUGCUGUAAUAUUAAUUCUGCCAUUGCAAUGUAGGGUCAUUAAAAUAUAUUAUGCUUAAUGAA